CAGCGAAGCCGCCCCGGGCGCCUGCUGCGCUUCUCGCCCGUGAGCCGGCCUGCCUCUCGUUGCGCUGCGCUCGGGACGCGCCUGUGAUGCCUCCGGGCGUCCUUGGGGCUCUUUAGUAGCCGGGGGUGGAAGAGGAGCUUAAUGGAAGCGAUGUCCCCCCAGCAAGAUCACGUCGGGCAAGGGCGCGCUUCUUCGCUGACCGGGGGGUCCCGGCUGUCUGCCAUCUCCGACGGCAAAAAGAAAAUGAAGAGCUUGGCCCAAAGACGUCAGUCUGCCCCAUCCCUUGUGAUCAGCAAAGCGCUGAACAAGACCAAAACGAAUGCCAGGGAAAGUUGCUUCUCCCCAGUCAGUCCAGAGACGUGUCUGCUGGUACAGUCCUUCCUCUCCCCCAACAGAACGUUAAUCCUGGAAGGACACGUGCAGCUGAAGACGGGCCUGCAGACCCAGGAACGACACCUUUUCCUUUUCACAGACGUCCUUGUGGUUGCCAAGGCCAAGUCCCAAUUGCACUUCAAGCUGAAGAGCCAAGCUCGUCUCUGUGAAAUAUGGAUAGCAUCUUGCAUGGAAGAGGUCUGUGAGGGCAGCACUAACCCCGAGACGUCCUUCGUUUUAGGAUGGCCCACGACCAACUGUGUUGCUAACUUCAGCUCCACUGAGCAGAAAGAGAAGUGGCUCACUUCCCUUCAAAGCCGAAUCAAUGAAGAGAAGUCAAAAGACUACCCCAAAAGCAUUCCCUUGAAGAUCAUUGCAAAAGAUGUUGGAAACUGUGCAUAUUCAAAAACGCUAACUGCAACCAACAUGGAUACAACGAACGACGUGAUCCUCAUGGCCCUGCAGCAGCUGGGAAUUAACGGCUCUGAAAAGGACUACCAGCUGUGGGUGAAUUCAGGGAAAGAAGAUGCACCAUAUCCCCUCAUUGGACAUGAAUAUCCUUUUGGAAUUAAAAUGAGCCACGUUCGGGACACUUUGCCUCAGACGCAAGGAUCAAAGGACUGUGCCUGCCCUCUGGACCUUCAGGGGGCCUUCCUGAUAGAACAGCUGCCCCGGGAGCUCCAGUGCCAGUUUAUACUCAAGCCAAGCCGCCUGGCCUCGGGCCAUCAGCUGAACGAGUUAAGCCAAAAGCCAUUUAAAAGGAAAAGAUCAAUUAUCAGCUGGGCCUUCUGGAGGGGCACAGGCGGCCCACUGGACAAUGCGCCACCAUCCCCAACAUCUCCUUCAUCAGGAAAGCUCUUUGGCCUUUCGCUUUCGACCAUCUGUGAGAAUGACAACCUGCCCAAGCCAAUCUUGGAAAUGCUUUCUUUUCUCUAUCAAGAGGGGCCUUUCACCCGAGGUAUUUUUAGGCGUUCAGCAAAUGCAAAAUCCUGCCGGGAGAUGAAGGAGAAACUCGACUCAGGCGUUGAAGUGCACUUACUCUGCGAGUCCAUCUUUGUGACAGCUUCUGUGUUUAAGGAUUUUCUGCGCAAUAUCCCUGGCAGCAUUUUCUCCUGCCAGCUCUGUGAGCAGUGGAUCUCCUUAAUGGACGAAGGAAACUGUGAAGAGAAGAUAAAAGCAAUCUGCAGGCUAUUGGAACAGCUCCCCAGGGCCAAUGUGGUUUUGUUGCGUUACCUCUUUGGAGUGUUACAUAGCAUAGAGAAACAGUCUGAAGACAACCAGAUGACCGCCUUUAACUUAGCUGUGUGCAUUGCACCCAGCUUGCUCUGGCCGCCAGCUCCCGCAAGCCCUGAGACAGAGGGCGGAUUCACAAAGAAGGUUGCUGUCCUUGUCCAGUUCCUGAUUGAAAACUGCUGCAGGAUUUUUGGAGAGGAAAUUACUUCCAUCUUUGCAGAUAUAGUGCCCAAAAAUGACAACAGAGAAGAUGGUUCAGAUCUCUCUUCUUUUCAUUUGAAUGACUCCUCUUACGACAGUUUGGAAAAUGAGCUGAAUGACUGCGCAGACUCCUCGUUUAACAACCUAAUCAAAAAACGAGGUCAAGAGAACAGGAGCAGAGACUCCGUUUUGACCCUGAGUGACUGCGAUUUGGACCCACCAGAAACAGAAGAUUCCCAGAUCAAAAUGCCCGCCAAAUCACAGCCUGUGUCCAUUUCUGCCGGCUUCUAUCACAAAUCUCCUUCACGGGAGCAUUCUGAGAACGAGUCUUUAUGUUCCGUCACAUCAGGCUACUCAUCAACAGCCCUCUCAGAUGUCCUCAAAAGUUCAAGGAGACACAGGCGCUGCUCUGAACCCACGAUUGGCCUUCUUGCCUCCAAGUUUACGCCCGUCAGCGGGUUCCACGAAAGUGCCGUCCGCAAAGCCAGCUGCGAUGCUGUUCUGUCCCACACAGACGAAGAUUGUCUGAAGCAGCUUCGCUCGCUGCAAGUGAAAGGCCAGAAGCUUAUUAAUCAGAGUUUGGUCACGGGGAUAGAUGUGGGCAAGAGUGCUCCGGAAAGCCAUAGCGGUGAAAAGAAGGACACAUCUAACCGCCUUCUGCCGCCACCUCCGCUCAGACUGAAUAUUAGUUCCAGAACUAGCUGUUCUAGUCUGUCAUCUCCUGGUACGUCCCCUUCAGGGUCUUCAAUGAGUUCUUUGGACAGUGCUUUUUCACAGUUUUCAGACUACUCUGUGUUUACCCCAACUGAGACCUCGUCUCCUUUGGACUGCAAUUUUCAUCCUCCAAGGAAAUAUGGAGAACUUUCCCCGGAUUUUAACCCUUUUUCAGGUAUCCAGCUUGGGUCAGAGGCUGCCUCUUUUCCCAGUCAAACUACCAGCAGCCAUAGCAGCAACCCGAUAAGCAUUAAGAGAGAAAGCCUAGAGUGGCCCCCUCAUAAAAACCCCAUCACCCUCCAUCCCAGCACGUGGCUAAAAAGCGGGGCUUGCACCAUGAAAAACUGGACUCUUCGCAAAAGGGAAAGGGCUUCCAAGCAAGAAGAGCAAAAGAAGAGCUCCACUAAAAUCACUGUGGAGGCAGAAACAUGCCCUUCAGAUGUGUCUGAGACUAAUUUAUACCAAGGGCAGUGCCAAGGAACGGAAAAUCCCGUUUCAAGCGGAGGUGUUAAUGCUGCAUCACUGAACCAAGAGAGCCGUUCUUCUCAGGGAGCUGGGCAGCUCAGUGGUCUUCCCUUUUGUCCAUCAGAUGUCAAGGAUAAGAGGUUGAAGGCCUUGGAACUUUUGGCUGAGCAAAGCAAAGAAGAGGAAGAGGAGGAAAGUUCUUCGGUUUUCCCUUCUCAUAAAAGACAGCCUUCCAGUACAAACCGAAGUGCCAAACGUAAACUGGAGCCAGAUGCUACACUCAGCAGUCAGUGUCGACAUAUGACCAAGGAAAACGUCAAUGAAUCUGUGAUCUCCUCACAGGCUGAAGUAGGAGAUUCCAAGAAUGAUAAAUGUUUAUCGCGUGUGGAGUCCAAAUUUGCUGGCGCUGCCUCUGAAAAAGACUUCUGUGCCUCGUUAGAACUCACAAAAGCUGAGGGGGAACUUUUGUUUAGAUCCAAUUCCGAUACUCGUUUCCCGAAAUCAGAGGAUAGGACUGAGCCCGGCAAAAUGGAAUGGAUGAAGAAGCUGUGUGCUGAUCCCAAGUUUGAGGAGAUUGACCAAAAGUUUUUCACUGAGGAAUCUUACGUUUGAGAAACAGCUUGUGUCAGCGAAUUGCGUUUCAGCUUAAUUUUUAUGGUUUUUGUUGGGUGUGAUUGUCCCAGGAGGAUAUAUUCUCAUCGGGGAAGCUGACAGAACUCGUGCUGUUUGAGGAAUUGUCAGAAUUACUUUUCCUGGAGACGUUAUGGAUUCAGAGACGUUUACUGGUCUCUGGGAAGGCCACGUCAAACCUUUCAGAGGCACUCUCAGCUGCACAGCUGGAGUGUGCUUUGCUAUUCAGCCACUCCUGUAUGUUUCAAACAUCAUAAAUCCAUGUUUUGUGUCCUUUGGUGAUUUGGAUGUAGUGUGUGAGGUCAAGCCGAGCACCAUAGCUGUGGUAUUGUAGUGUUGUUUUGAAGCUGAUGGUCCCUUAUAUUGUCCUCCACAGGAAAAGGUUUAAUGUCUUUCUGUGUUUUAUGAGGCAGCCGCUUAAUAGUUCCAGUCGUUUUUCCUCUUGCAGCAAAAGAAGAAAGUUUUAAAUGAAGCAUAAAUCCGGAACCUUCUAUAACUUACAACGACAAGUUUUUUGUGUGUAUGUCACUUAACUGUGUGCCAUUUGGAUGUUACAUUUUGGUUUCCGAUUGUGAACAGUUUCUCCACGAUAAUGCUAUCAGACGGCAUUAUUAUUAUUAUAUGUGUAUUAUUGUUGUUGUUGUUACUGUCAUUCUUGCAAGCUGAACUUACAUAAUUUUUAUUACAUACCAUUGAAAUAAUCUUUAUUAUAAUAUAUUGAAAGUAAUGCAUUAUCUUAAAAAUGCUUUGAGAUUGUAUAAUAUAUCUUGAUAAAAUUUUUGCUAUUGUAUAUGUCCCCAAAUAAAUGUGUAUUUUUGUACUUGCGGAACAUGCUGCUAACUUUUUGGGUGGUGAAGGGUGCUGGUGGUGUUGUGUACGCAUUUCGUGGUGUAUUUGAAAUAAACAUUCUGCUGUAAAGCUGCUGGGAUGAGAA